GAAUAAGUUGGUUGCGAUCUGCCAAAAAAACCCAGAAAGAAAACAUAACGGGUAGAGGAGUCCGCCAUUUCUCCAUAUUAGACGCUUAUUUCACAUCCUAAAUAUUACUCCGAACGGAUUAUUUCAGUAUGGUAGGAAACACCGACAAAUUCAUAAGCUAAUCGUAAUUAUUAUAUCAGUAUAUCGCUUUUUGCGUUUAGUUUGCAGUCAGUGGGUUUAUGGGUGUGGCGACUGACAAACACUCCGAUAUAAGACACCGGAUACUUUAAUAUACUGAUCGCAUAUUUAUUAACUGAACACCUAAUAUGAAGAGGAUCACUUUACUCUUCACCCUCUCUUUAUUCAUCAACGGUGUGUUUGGUGAUGAAGUCUCAGUGAUGGAGGGAGAUUCUGUUACUCUACACACUAAUACUGUUAUACAAGCAUUAAACGAUGUGACAAUAAUAUGGAAAUUUGGGGCUCAAAAAACUCGAAUAGCGAAUAAUGUCAAUAAUUUCUCAAUAUAUGAUGAUGUUCUUGAUGGGAAAUUCAGAGGCAGACUGCAGUUGAAUAAUCAGACUGGAGAUCUCAUCAUCACAGACAUCAGAACCACAGACUCUGGAUUGUAUGAAGUAGAUAUACAUGUUGUAAGUAAAGAAACCCAGAAGAAGAGUUUUAAUGUUAAAGGUGUGAGUAACCCAGAAUCAGAUCAACUAAAGUCAGUAUUAGUAAAGGAUGGAGAUUCUGUUACUCUACUGGCUGAUGUUCCUGAUAUCAAGAAAUAUGAUGAGAUACUGUGGAGAUUUCAAGGGAUUCGUAUAGCUGAAUUCAAUAAAUCAGCCAGUGAAAUAUCAGAAGAUAAGAAAUUUAAAGACAAACUGCAGCCGGAUGUUCAGACCGGAUCUCUUCAAAUCAAGAACAUCAGGACGGAUCUCUCUGGACUUUAUGAAGUAGAGAUCAGCAGCACCAGCAGCAGUUAUACCAUACAUCAGUCAUUCACAGUUACUGUCAGUGGUGAAGUGAAGCCAGUGUCGGUGUGGAAGGGUGAUCCUGUCACAAUAAACACUGAUGUUCCUGACAUUAAAACCUAUUAUCAGAUACUGUUGAUAUUUGGGUGUGAUGACAGGAUUGCUGAAGCAAAUAAACAGAACGAACAGUUCACUCUAGAGAAGCGAUUCAGAGAAAGAAUGAAGCUGAAUGACCAGACCGGAGAUUUCACCAUCAAAGAUAUCAGAAAUGAAGAUGCUGGAGAUUAUGAACUGAAGAUGAGUAGCAGUAGACGAACCAUUCAGAGGAGAUUCAGAGUUAAUGUCAGUGGAGGUCUGUCUCCAGGUGUUAAAACUGGAAUAUAUAUUUUAAUAUCUGUUAUCAUCCUCCUGCUUAUUGCUGCUGCUGCUGCUGGUGUUGUGAUUUAUUAUUGCCCAAAAGAUGAAAGACUGAAAGUGGAUGAGGGGAAAUCUGUUGAUCUGAAGACUGAAGUUACUGACAUACAGAGAGUUGAUCUGAUAGAGUGGAGAUUUUACCCUGGAGAACCCACGGAUCAAAUUUGGCCAAUGUUCAUUGAUGCUAUGAAAAGGGUUAUUGGGUUUUCCAGGCUUAAUGAAACUCUCGUAGCUGAAAUCAAUCCUGCCAACAAUAUCUUCAAGAAAUAUGAUGGUGAUGAUGAUGAUCUAUUCAGAGAUAAACUGGAGCUGAAUCAUCAGACUGGAGAUCUCACCAUCAGUGACAUCAGACAUAAACACUCUGGAGUUUAUAUACUGAAGAUCAUCAGAGGAGGAAAAACCACAGAGAAGAGAUUCAUUGUGUCUGUCAGAGAUAAUGUAGAAGUACUGCAAGUGAAUGAAGAAGAAUCUGUUGAUCUGAAGACUGAAGUUACUGACAUACAGGGAGUUGAUCUAAUAGAGUGGAGAUUUGGACAUAACAAAACUCUCAUAGCUGAAAUCAAUCCUGCAAACAAGAUCUUCAGUACAUAUAAUGGUGAUUAUGAUGAAUUCAAAGAUAAACUGACGCUGAGUGAUCAGACUGGAGAUCUCAACAUCAAAGACAUCACGUGGGCACACUCUGGAGUUUAUACACGGAAGAUCACCAAAGGAGGACAAGAGAUAUACAAGAUAUUUGCUGUGUUUGUCAGAGAUACAACACUGGAAGUGAAUAAGGAAGAAUCUGUUGAUCUGAAGACUGACGUUACUGACAUACAGAAAGUUGAUCUGAUAGAGUGGAGAUUUAAAGAAACUCUCCUAGCUAAAAUCAAUCCUAUCAAAAAUAUCUUCAGUACAUAUGAUGGUGAUAAAGGUCUAUUCAAAGAUAAACUGAAGCUGAAUGAUCAGACUGGAGAUCUCAACAUCAGAGACAUCAGAGAGGAACACUGUGGAGUUUAUAUUCUGUUGUUUUUCAGAGGUACAGGAACCAAGGACAAGAGAUUCAAAGUGUCUCUCAAAGCUGCUGUUACAGAUACAACACUGCGAGUGUAUGAGGGAGAAUCUGCUGAUCUGAAGACUGAAGUUUCUGACAUAGAUGUAGAUAGAGUUGAUCUAAUACAGUGGACAUUUGGACUUAAACAAACUAUCAUAGCUGAAAUCAAUCCUGUCAACUAUAUCCCCGGUCCAUUUGAUGAGGAUAAAGAUCUAUUCGGAGAUAAACUGAAGCUGAAUCGUCAGACUGGAGAUCUCACCAUCAGUGACAUCAGAAAGAAACACUCUGGACUUUAUAAACUGAAGAUCAUCAGAGAUGGAAAAACCUCAGACAAGACAAUAACUGUGUUUGUCAUUGGUGAAACACGGGAAGUGAAUGAGGGAAAAUCUGUCCAUCUGGAGACUAAAGUUAAAGACAUAAAGAGAAAUGAUGAUGUGAUAGAGUGGAGAUUUGAAGAAACUCUCAUAGCUGAAAUCAAUCCUGUAAACAAUAUCUUCAGGACAUAUGAUGGUGAUGAUGAUCUAUUUAAAGAUAAACUGGAGCUGAAUCCUCAGACUGGAGAUCUCAACAUCAAUGACUUCAGGCAGAAACACACUGGAGUUUAUACACGGAGGAUCAUCAGAUAUAAAGAAAUCUCAGACUGGAAAUUCAGAGUGUUUGUCAGAGCUUCCAGAGGAGGAGAUUCAGUGGGUAUAGAGAUGGAUCCGUUGUUGCCUAACAAGAGUCAGUAGCAGUGAUCUCCCUCCGGUGUAACAUCAUCAAUAUUAAAAACACAUCAGCAUCACAUCACUUAUAACAACACCCUCAUAUCAAUGAGUUUAAAUAAUACACCUGUGUGUGCUGAUAAACCAGAGGAAAACAUUUACCUUUGAUUUGUUAUUACAUAGAGACAUUUCAAUAGCUUGAAUAAAUUAAGUUAAUAGAAAGAUAAGUAAUUAUAAAUAUAAUAAAAGUCAAUCAAAUUAAAGUUGAUGGAAAACAUUUGUUAUUCACGCUGAUCUACAGAUAAACUCUGAUAUUAUUUUAAACAUAAAUAUCAGAUUUUAUCUCCGUUUCUAGAUGCAGACAUUGUGUACUGAAUCUAAUAUUUGUUUUUAUAUAAAGCUAGUACAGUGUUAUAAAACAAAAGCCUAAAUAUCUCAUGUAUAUCUAACAGAUGUACUACAGCAGUAUCUUACUGACUGAUGUUUGUUUUUUGUUGAUAUUAGUUGACAUCCUGUGUCCUAGUAUUCAUACUUUACUCUUAUACAGUAUGAGUGUUUAAAUGUGAAUCUGCAGAUGAAACUCUGUGUUAUUGUUAACCUGUUGAUCUACUGAUCUUCACUUCUAGUUAGUGUCUUAUCCGUGGUCAGUUUUCUAUCCCAUAAUGCGACAGAGGCAGAGGAGCCAUCAGAUUCAUGAAGUUAAACAAACAUAAAUACUUGUAAACUGAAAUCAUUUAAUUGUUUUGUACUUGUGUUGUGUUCCUGUAGUUUAGUGAUAGCGUGUGAUGCUAGCAGCAGCUUUAGGUUUAAUUUCUCUCUUAUUAGUUUAUCAGUGAAUAUUAACAGAUAUAGCUGUGCAUAAAUGCUUUUAUGUUCAAAUGUAAGAGUUACAUGUAACAAAAACAUUAUUCAUGUGCUUAAAUUGCUUUAAAUAUAUUGUUCGCAUAUUAUCAGGAAUGUAUUGAUACCAAGCACUUGUGUACCCCAAGCAUGACAUUUAUUGAGAAGUAAAUGGUGAACAUAGUCUGUAAAGUUCACAGAUUCAGCUCAUGUGUCUCAGUCUAAAGAGAAAUCAGAUUUUGAUGAUUCAGUCUUACAUUGACUGAUAGAUUCUGUGUUAGACUGAUUUGAUUUUUAUGAAGUUUUUCAGUUAUGUUAUUUUAUCAUUUUUUUACAGCUUUGCCAAAUGUUUAUAUUUUAAACUCUGUGCCUUGUUUUAUCAUUAUGUAACCACGAUUGGUAUAGUAAAUAACUACUACUAACAUUUUGUUAUUAUAUAUUAAUAUUGUUUGUGUCAUAGAGACUUUUGUCUCAGACCGUGUUAAUCUAACAUCUUUAAUUUAAUCUGAAUCUGUUUUCAUGUUGAGUCAGUUCAGAUAAUCAAUAUACAAUCUGUACAUUAUACAAUUUGUUGUGUUUUUUUAUUAGUAUGAAACUGCAUGAUGCAUGGACUUAUAGCACUUAAUUCAAAGCUUGCACUAAAAAAUGUUUUAAAAAAAACUUUUUUUGAAGUCCUACACUUUAAUCUCUUUUAGUUUGUUCUUCUCUGAACAGUGUGUGUAUUGUUACAGCUUUGAUAUGAUAAACCACUUAUGUUAUAUUCUCAUUUUGUUGAAUAAAAUCAUCUGAUAAAA